UUCCAAUCUUCCAUAUUCCCCCAGUCCCCACUACUGCUCAUCAUUCGAUUAUUCUUGCCUAUCCAAUAAUCCAUCCACUGCCACAAUUUGGAGCUACCCAGCUAGCUAGCUAGCUCGAUCGAUCGUCUUCAUCCGAGCGAGCGUGAGAAGGCGAGCUAGCUUGCUGGCGUAAUGGAGCUCAUGGACGACGACGGCUCGUCCUCCUUCCUGGAGGAGCUCAUGGCGCCGCUGCGGGGCGGGGCGACGCCGACGCCGGAAGAUCUGUGGCAGGCGUACGCCAUGGGCCCGAUGUGCGGCGGCGUGGGAGGCGACGUCAUGCUCGGCGACCAGCUGCUCGUCGGAGGCGGCGACGCGAGGACCGCGCAGGCCUCGCCGCCGUCGUUAUUCCCGCCACUGCUCGUGGCUUUGGACCCUCCUCCUCCUUGCCCGCCUCUGCGCGAGGACAUCGGCUUUGAGUUUGAUUGCCUGGGUGAAGUCUGCAACCCGUACAAGAGAGGCGGCGCUGCCCGUGUCGACGUCGACGGCGCUCGUGAGUUGGUGGUGACCAUGGAUCCGGCGGCGGAGGAGAGAUGCCAGGAGCGACGCGGUGGUGGCGGCGAUGCGAGUGGCGAGCCGCCCGUGUUCGUGUUCGGCGGCGGCGGCGCCGGCGCGGCGGAGGCGCGCUCCGAGACGACGAGUACUGGCGGCGCCGCGGGGAGCGUCCGCCCAAGGAGCUGCAGGCCGCCGCAACCCGGCGCGCCGUCCAAGAACCUCAUGGCGGAGCGGCGGCGCCGGAAGCGGCUCAACGACCGGCUCUCCAUGCUACGCUCCGUCGUGCCCAGGAUCAGCAAGAUGGACAGGACAUCGAUUCUCGGCGACACCAUCGGCUACAUGAACGAGCUGAUGGAUCGGAUCAAGGCCCUCCAAGACGAGGCCGCCUCCUCCCCGGAGGAUCUCUCGACGCUGAACACGCUCAGGCCUCCUCCGUCGUCGUCCAGCUCUGGCGACGAGACACCCAUCAGGAACUCGACAAGGUUCGACGUGGAGAGGAAGGAGAACGGCAGCAUGAGGAUCGAGAUGGCCUGCGCGGCGAUCCCGGAGCUGCUGCCGUCGACGCUCGCCGCGCUGGAGGCGCUGGGCGUGGAGAUCGAGCAGUGCGUGGUCAGCUGCUUCGAUGACUUCGCCAUGCAAGCCUCCUGCCUACAGGAUGACGAGAAGAGGGAGAUGAGAGGCGAUACAGAAGAGAUCAAGCAGACAUUGUUCAAGAGUGCAGGCUAUGGAGCUGGCUGUCUUAUAUGAACCUGCAAAAGCAAAUAUAGGCUAUGAACUAGUUCUGCCAGAUCCCUAGAUCGUUGAGAUUAUUAGUUGUUGUCAGCUUGCAUGUGAUAUGAUGAUCAUCCAUUCUUCUUGCAUGUUUUACUGGAGCAGUAAGAACACAUAGCAGUACUUUGUGGCAUCUAUUGAUGCAGUUCAUCAUGUUUUUUCCCAUUAGCACUAGUUGGUAUUUAUGGUGAUCAGAAUAAACAUUGGUAUCUUGUUACAACUUAAGUAUUCCCCUCCUUGGGUAUACAGAGGAACCAACGAGGCAGGGAUUUACAAAAUUUUUACACAACUAUUUGCAAUGCAUGCAUAAACCUAGCUGCAUGCACACCAUGGAUUCACAUCCUCUACAAUAAUAAUAGUUCUAUUAUAGAGAUUGAUGUGAGCUCAUGAGAAAGUGAUUGUAAUAAUAUUAUCACAAUGGUAGAGGGUGGAAGGCCACACCCCAGGGAUUGCACCUAAGCUAAGUGUAAAAACUAUUACCUCCGUUUCAUAAUACAAGAUGUUUGACU